CUCUUCACGUUAAAAGACUAUCUGUGUCUCUCACCCCCACAUCUGCUCGAUAAUAGCCCCUUACUGAUACUGCCCAGAAUCCCCUACUUCAUCAUUUUCUUAUAAUGGCUAGUGGAGGUGAUGCUCGUUUUUUUGCGCGAGGCAAAGUCGCCGAGCUCCGCGCUGAACUCAAUAGUGAUAAGAAGGACAAGAAUUUCGCCAAAAAAAAGAUUACGCUUAAGAAGAUUGUGGCCAAUAUGACUAUGAGCAACAAUGAUAUGGCAGCAUUGUUUCCAGACAUAAUCAACUGCAUGGAGAUACAAGCCCUGGAGAUCAAGAAGAUGUGUUUCCUCUUCUUGGUAAACUACGGUCGAAUGAAGCCCGAUAUGGCUCAGCGCGCACUUCCAAUUCUGAUCAGAGAUAUGGAUGAUCAUAAUCCACUUGUGCGAGCUUUGGCGCUACGAACAAUGUCCUACAUCCAUGUCCCUCAAUUCGUCGAAGCUACAGUUGCUCCACUACGACAUCUUCUCCAUGACCCUGAUCCCUACGUCCGAAAAACGGCGGCAUUUUGUGUUGCGAAGCUUUACGACCACGAUAGAGAUCUGGUAGAGGGAGCAAGGGACGAUAAUCCCACAGUUGUUGCUAGUGCUUUGGUGGCAUUGAUGGAUAUUUGGGAAAGGAACGAGAAUAUAAGGCUCACCAUCGAUCAUACGAAUGCGAGUAAAAUUGUUCAGAUUCUACCAGAUUGCUCAGAAUGGGGCCAAGCAUAUAUUCUAGAAGCACUAAUGGCCUACGUUCCUCAAGAAACUACCGAAGCAGUCAUAAUGGCUGAGCGUAUAUCACCUCGGCUGCAACACUCUAACUCCGCCGUAGUUCUUACCUGUAUCCGUGUGAUUCUCUACUUGAUGAAUUACAUUGCAGAUCAAAAGGAGAUUUCAACUCUUUGCCGAAAGCUAUCACCACCGCUUGUCACUUUAUUGGCGAAAGGGCCCGAAGUACAAUAUCUCGCGCUGAGGAAUGCUUUACUGAUAUUACAACGGCGGCCAGAAGUACUCAGAAAUGAUAUCAGAGUAUUUUUCUGCAAAUACAACGAUCCUAUCUAUGUAAAGGUCACUAAAUUGGAGCUGAUAUUUAUGUUGGCAAACGAGGACAACAUUGAGGAGGUUCUAACAGAAUUGCGAGAAUACGCCACUGAGAUUGAUGUUCAUUUCGUCCGCAAAUCAGUCAGAGCGAUCGGAAAAUUGGCCAUUAAGAUUGAACCAGCUGCUCGUCAAUGCAUCAACACUCUCCUCGAGCUUGUCUCAACAAAAGUCUCCUAUAUUGUGCAAGAAGCUACCGUAGUAAUCCGGAAUAUCUUCCGCAAAUAUCCCAAUCAAUACGAAUCCAUAAUUUCCACACUUUGUGAGAAUCUCGAUUCUCUGGACGAGCCGGAAGCCAAAGCGGCCAUGAUCUGGGUUAUUGGCCAAUACGCGGACAGGAUUGAGAACAGUGAUGUCCUUCUCGAAGACUUCCUCUUUUCCUUCCAGGACGAACCAGUAGAAGUGCAACUCGCGCUGCUGACAGCUACUGUGAAACUCUUCAUCCAACGCCCAACAAAGGGACAAGAUCUGGUACCAAAAGUUCUCAAAUGGGCGACUGAAGAAACAGAUAACCCCGAUCUUCGUGACAGAGGUUACAUGUACUGGCGACUGCUCUCGGCAGACCCUGCAACAGCCAAGAAGGUAGUGAUGGGCGAGAAACCGCCCAUCACAGCGGAGACUGAGAAACUGGACCCCACUACUCUUGAAGAAAUGUGUUUGAACGUAGGAACUCUAGCAACAGUCUAUCUCAAGCCCGUUAAUCAGGUGUUCCGAACUGCCCGCCCAAAGAGAUUGGCGGAUAGCCCGGCUUUACAGAGGCACACGCUUCCAACGGCGAUCGCUGAACAGGCGCAUAGGAGAGCGCUCCAGCCUGAGCAGCAGCAGCAGCAGCCAGUGGAGCAGAGGACUUCAGAGGAGGGUAUGGGAAAUCUACUUGGCGGGGAUCUCGCGGCAGCAGUUGAUGCCGCAGAUGAUUAUUUUUCCGGGGGCGGGGGGGGAUCAGGGACAAACCCGUUUGCAGUCAGCGGAGGGCCCGUAGCUGGUGGUGGGCAAUAUGUCGUCAAUCAAAACGCGCCCCAGCCUAUAUAUUCUCCCCAACAGGGCGGGGAUCUGCUCCUGUUGUAG